CCAAAUUGGAUACUUUGACACGUGGCCUUCCUCGCGCGAAAUGGAAAGCUCUAACUCAAUGGCGAGCGCCGACUCCAUUCCAGCUUCGCUUCGAAAAUCGUAUGAAAAUGCGGGCCAGGGUCAUGUCUUCCGUUUUGUCGAUGCCGGCAAGGUCACUGCGCAGGAUGCAUCUGUACUAGUGGAAAGUCUCCAACAGUAUGAGCCACACCAGAUUGCGAAUCUGUUCGAUCGAUCGACCAAGGCUGACAGCGUGGCGAGUGCGGCAGCUGAUGAAGUGACACCACUAGAAGAAGGAGUGGUGCAUCAGCUGACUGAGACUGCACCAGAAUUGAAGAAGAAAUGGCUCGACCUGGGUCUUGAGGCUGUUUCGAAAGGCAUGACAGGUGCUUUGAUACUCAGCGGAGGGCAAGGCACGCGUCUAGGCUUCGCUGGCCCCAAGGGCAUGUACGAUAUCGGCCUCCCAUCCGGAAAGUCGCUCUUUGAGAUCUUCGCGUUGCGGGUUCUAAAGGUGCAGGAGCUGGCACAGACUCGCUUCAAUCUAAGCGAAUCACCUAAAAUCCCGCUGCUUAUCAUGACCAGCGAGAUGAACCACGAUACAACCGUGUCCUUCUUCCGUGACAACAAAUAUUUCGGUCUCUCACAGGAUCAGCUUCAUUUCUUCCGCCAGGGAACACUACCGUGUUUUACGGACGACGGCAAGUUCAUUCUCGAGACAGCGAGUCAGUUGGCAAAGGCUUCGGACGGAAACGGCGGUAUUUACCCAGCUUUAAAGCGCAGUGGAAUGCUUGAUCUCCUUACUGCGCGCAAUGUGCAAUAUCUGCACGUGUUUUCGGUGGAUAAUGUGCUCUGCAAGGUGGCAGACCCAGUGUUUAUCGGCUACUGCAUCGACCAGGACGCCGACUGCGCCAACAAAGUGGUGUGGAAGACUCGUCCCGACGAGAGUGUGGGUGUCGUGGCCAAGCGCAAUGGAGCUUACUGUGUGGUGGAGUAUUCAGAGCUUGAUCGUGCUGCGUCAGAGCAGGUGGAUCCUCAUACCGGCAAGCUCAGCUUCGGUGCUGCCAACAUUUGCAACCACUUCUUCCGUCUCGACUUCCUCCAGCGCUGCUGCAACCAGAACGACGCUAUAUAUCACGUAGCUAAGAAGAAAAUCCCGUACGUGAAUGACGAGGGCACGGCUACGAUCACUCCGACGAGCAACACAGGCAUCAAGCUCGAGACUUUCAUCUUUGACGUCUUCCCACUGUCCAAAAGCAUGAAGGUGCUGGGUGUGGCUCGUGAAGAUGAAUUCGCUCCUGUCAAGAACGCGCCGGGGAGCGCCUCGGACUCUCCGGACUCUGCGCGUCAACUCAUUUCGGAGCAGUGUAAGCGCUGGCUGGUGGACGCAGGUGCGACCUUCGCGGACAGCUCGUCCGACGCAGUCUGUGAGAUUCUACCGACUCUGUCGUACAAUGGCGAGGGUCUCGAAGGCGUUGCGCGCGCGAAGUCUCCGAUCCAGCUCCCUAUUGUUCUUAGACGCGAUUGAAGACACUUGUAGAGCAGUUUGUAACCUGCAAAAAUGAAUUUGAUUCUUUCUCUUAUCGCUCAACCUGGUAGGGGAGCAUUAAGCUAACACAA